AUGACCCGCCCGGAUCUUACGUGCAUUCAUGAACCUUUUGGCGACGCCUUCUACUAUGGUCCAGAGCGCCUCAGCUCUCGCUUCGAGAACGACGAGAGAGCUAGGAUCGACAGUGGUUUCAGCGAAUCGACUUACCAAACUGUGAUCGAUAGGAUCCACAGCGAAGAGUCUGAGGGAGUACGACUUUUCAUCAAGGAUAUCAUCCACUAUCUGUUUCCACCUGAUGGUGCCACUGCAGAUAUAGCGCCCACGCUGGCCACCAAAAGACGCGGGGUGGGUACCUCAGAGCCUCAUCUUAACGGAGCUUUGUCCAAUAAGGACAAAGUCUUCACCGCCACUGAAAAAGGAAAUCCAACCGUUCUACCUACAGAAUUGCUGGACAAAUUCCAUUUCACUUUCCUCAUUCGCCAUCCUAGGAGCAGCAUACCGUCUUACUAUCGCUGCACUAUUCCUCCGUUGGAUGAAGUUACUGGCUUCCGAAAUUUCAUGCCAUCAGAAGCAGGGAUUGAGGAGCUGCGUCGGGCAUUCGACUAUUUGCGUUCAGUGGGCCAGAUUGGACCGGCAACUGUGAAUGACAAGAUCAACAAGACCGAAAGUGAUCACCGUGAAAACGGAUAUAUUGCAGGUAGCGCUCGGUCAACUAGCGUGGAGAUUUGCGUCGUCGAUGCUGAUGAUCUCCUCGAUGACCCGGCCGGCAUUGUGAAAACGUACUGCAAGAGCGUCGGUCUCAAAUUCGAUCCGAACAUGCUCAACUGGGACACAGCAGAAAAGCAGGAAUUAGCUCGGGCCAAGUUUGAAAAGUGGAAGGGGUUUCACGAAGAUGCAAUUGAAAGUUGUGGUCUGAAACCAAGAACUCACGGGCGCAAAGAAAAGUCCGAAGCUGAAGAAGAUGCUGAGUGGGCGGAAAGAUUUGGCCCAGAUGGUGCAAAGGUCAUUCGCGAUACGGUCAAUGCAAAUAUCAAGGAUUAUGAGUACUUGAAGCGAUUUGCUCUGAAGCCAAGCUCUGUGUGA